UUGCUCAGUGGGUCAGCCGCCACGUGGGGCCAUGGAAACGGCAGUGAUUGGCAUGGUGGCAGUGCUGUUUGUGGUCACUGUGGCCAUCACCUGUGUCCUCUGCUGCUUCAGCUGUGACUCAAGGGCCCAGGAUCCUCAGGAGGGCCCUGGCCGCAGCUUCACAGUGGCCACGUUUCGCCGGGAGGCUUGUCUCUUCACUGGGCCAGGUCGCCAUGUCCAGCCAGUGGCGGGUGCCCGGGACUUCUGGACCUUCAUGUGAAGUCUAACAACCUCCAGGAUUUUCUCGGCUGGUGGGUCAAACUCACCCGCCCCCCAGCAAGCCUUCCCUGAUGUUCCACUCCUCCAAGUCGGGCAUUUCUGUCCUUCCCUGUCUGUAUUCAGCAAACUCCCUGUUCCAUCCUAUCUUGGGUUGCUGUGCCCUCUGGCCUGGGAGAUUUACAGUGGUGGGACCAGGUGGGAGUCAACCCUGACCCCUGAGAGCUCAGCUGGACCCUACCCACAGGACUGGGCUUAGGAGAAUUCCAAAGCGUUGAAUGACCAAACAGUGUUGUAUUGCACGGUGGGCAAUACAACAUCUACAGGGGGACUGGAAUUUAUUGUAAACAGAAUCUAGUUAACCCAGGAUGCCUACGAAACUGGUUCUAUUGCCACCAGAGGAAGUAGCACCCUCAAGUGGACAUUUUUACAAAACGCUUCUUAUCUGCUCCCUUAAUUGAGUCUUUUUGGUACUUUACGUAUGCGUAUCCCACGGAGACCAACCCUGAGGCCUGCCCCUACCAGUUGUCUGAAAUCAGCCCUGAAAUUCUGAAACCAAAGAGCUGCUUUGUUGAUUUAUUUUAUAAUUGAAAAUGUAUAUCCUUUUAUGGAUCUUCCAAGAAUCAGGGUUGGAAAAACCACAAAAGGAAAGAGAAGAAAAAAUAAGAGUCACAGAAAGUAUGAGAUAUUUUAUUAACAAGAAAGCCAGAAAGAAGACUUCGAAGCAUAUUUUAAAUGAGACUUCAUUACUCUAUUCUUAUAGGUCACUUCUAUUCUUAGAGAAUGUGAGUGACUUGCGUCACACAGGAAUGACAAAAAAUCAUGAACUCAAAGACAAUUCCAAAUAAGUUAAAAUGUUGUGUUACAUUGAGAGCAUGUACCAAAGCUCUUGUUUUCAUCAUAAAUAGAGGAUCAGUUUUUACUAACAGAAAAUCUGUUUUCUCUGUACCUACAAAAUAAAUGCUGUGCUGUAUUUAGAGUA